AAUUCAGGUAAUUCAUUAAUCUCCUCUUUAAUUUUCAUUUUGCUAUUUCCAAAUUGCCCUAUACCAAAAUGCACAUUCACUGUUUGAUGAAAUUUCUCAAUGAAAUUUACUAAAGUGUGAACUGGAAAUUAAGUCGGGGACUUUCAGAAACAACUUUUCGAUCUCCACGAGAUGGUGGUAAGUCUCUGUACAUGAUGUUGUUGUAGUAGUAACUAUAAGUUUUCCUUUUCCCAAAUUGCCCCUAUACCAAAGUGCACAUAAACUGUUUGAUGAAAUGGCUCAAUGAAAUUUUCCGAAGUGUGAACUGGAAAAUAAGUCGGGUCUAUCGAAAACAGCCUCUCGACCACCAGGAGGUAGUGAUAAGGUCUACGUAUACUCUGUCCUCGUAGAAUUUUUCUGGGUAUGUUGUUGUUGUAACUUGGAAAAAUGAGUUGAGGAUCUUUCGGAAACAACCUCUAGACCCCCACGAGAUAGUGGUAAGGUCUAUGUACACUCUAUCCUCAUGGGGUUUCAUUGGGUAUGUUGUUGUACUAGAACAAUGUGUCGGGGAUCUUUCAGAAACAACCUCUCGACCUCCAAGAGGUAGUGGUAAGAUCUGCGUACGCUCUACCCUCGUGAGAUUUAUUCUUUUGUUGUUGUUGUAACGGGAAAAAUGAGUCGAGGAUCUUUUGGAAACAGCCUCUCGACGUCCACGUGGUAGUAGUAUCAAGGUUUGCAUACACUUUACCCUCGUGGAAUUUCACUGAAUAUGCUGUUGUUGCAAGGGGAAAAUGAAACAACGAGGGCAUUUCACAAUGGAUCCAAUCAAAUUUCUAUGUGUUGUAGUCUCCGUAGCUUGUUUGAUCGUGCUUUGUUUUUCGAUACUGAAAGUUAACGAAAUACCACAAGGAAAUGGCAAUGCCAUUGGUUUGAAAGUGAAGAUAAAUCGAAAAGAUGAACGAGUAGGAAAGUUGGGUGAAUUGGUAAUCGAUAUGUUACCUCAAGAUUUGGCAUUCACGUUAUUUUUGCCAUCUGAAAAGGCGUUUGAGCGUGAUCUAGGAUUAGGAUUAGGAUUAGCAUCUGGAGGGGAGAAGUGGGAUGAUACAUAUGCAAUAUUAACGCGUGUACUUGGGUUUUCGGCUGUACCAAGAAGGAUUUACGCGGGAGAUGUAGAAUGUGGAAAGGAGGUUGAUUAUGAUUCCAUAUCGGGAUAUACCUUGUAUAUAUCUAAAGAUUUAGGUGGGUUGUUGAUGGUUAAUGGAAUUGUUUCGGAAAUGGUUGAUAUAAGAAGAGGGAAGAUUGUUGUACAUGUUAUGGAUGGGGUGAUCAUGGAUUCAGAAUUCGAGCAAUCUGUACGACCUGAGGAUGAUUGAGUUGAGCUGAGCUGAACUGAUCUGAGCUGAGGUUUCGUGGAUCGAGUCAAGUUGAGCUAAGCUGAGGUUUCGUAGAUUGCUGAUUACCCAAUUUUGACAUGGGACAAGUCGUGAAGCUUUUAUCGGGUAUGGGGGACUACUUGAUGCCAUUGGGAUGGCGUAAACGGAUCUAUAAAGACGAAAACUUUGUUGUAUAACUUUGCUGAAUUCAAGUAAAUCUGCUCUUUCUCUGA